UUGAUCAGUUCUGUUUUAAAGGUCUAUGAAUGCAAAGGAAGCGAGAAAGAUGUGUCAGGAUUGCAUCAAAUAGAAGUCUGUAGUCUCUGCCUACCCCUCUGGGUGAUAAGCAUGUUCUGGUCAUUGUUGAUUAUUACAGCACUUUGCACCUCGACAUGGCUUUGCUUGAUGUGGUAUAAGCUGAGUAUGUAUUGGGCGGAGCGUGGUGUGAAGCACGUGCCCGUCUACCCUUUCCUCGGGAGCUUAACUUUCUUGAUGAGGUACAAUCCAGCGAUCUGGAUGCGGAAUGUAUACGAAAGCUUUGAUACACCAUACGUGGGAAUGUGGGUGUUCUUUCGUCCGGCCGUUAUCAUCAACGACCCAGAAAUAGCGCGGAAUAUAUUGAUAAAGGAUGCCGCUGUUUUCAAAGAUAGAUUUCUGAGCCCCGGACCCUCCGAUCCGAUUGGACGUCUCAACCUAUUUACAGUAAAAGAUCCCCUCUGGUCAUUUUUGAGACGCCGUUUGACGAGUGUGUUCACUGCAGCGAAGUUAAGAGGGGUUUUUCGCAUAAUGCAACAAAAAUCUAAGGAGUUGGUUCAAAGAAUAGACAUUGAAAUGAAGGCGAACAAACGUGUAGAUCUCAGGAUGAUGUUUACGGAUUAUACUACGGAUAUAAUUGGAGCCUCUGCAUUCGGAGUAGCUGGUGAUGCCACGCUUACAGGAGAAAGUCCCUUAAGAUCUAUCACCAAAGAAUUUAUGGAGUUCAAUGUGCUCAGGGGACUAAGCUGGGUCAGCAUUUUCUUCUAUCCUGAAAUUGUCGAUUUUUUUGGAUUUACCGCAUUCCCAAAAUCUGUAACGGAAUACUUUAGAAAAAUUUUCCGCACGAUCGUUGCCGAACGUGGAGGAUAUGAGGUUGAGAUAAGAGAGAAUAGAGACUUGCUUGAUGCCUUAAUAAAGCUAAAACAAGACUGUGUAAGAGACAACGAAGACAUUAGCGAGGAUACCUUAGUGGCUCAAGCAGCGGUUUUCUUGCAAGCCGGUUUUGACACCACUGGAUCUAUUUUUGCGUAUUGCGUAUAUGAAUUGGCAUUCCAUCCAGAAAUACAGAACAAACUCUACCAAGAACUUAUUGAAGCGAAGGAAAAAAUCGGUCACGCUGACUUCGAAAUGAACAGUCUUACUGAACUAAAAUAUUUGGACUGCGUUAUUAACGAGACAAUGCGAAAAUAUCAACCAAUGGGAUGGUUAGACAGAAUGGCCUCAAAAGAUUACAAACUUGACGAUCGCCUUACGAUCACCGUGGGGACGCCUGUGUACGUCAAUGUUAUCGGAAUCCACUAUGAUCCGAAGUUUUACCCCGAACCAGAAAGAUUUAAUCCCGAUCGCUUUUUGUCAAUAAACAAGAAAAAUACAAAUAUCACCACAUUUGUACCGUUUGGCGAUGGUCCGAGGAGUUGUAUCGGUCGUCGAUUCGCUAUGAUGAACCUUCGGAACACCUUAGCUACAAUGUUCCUUGUUUACGAAGCUCGUGCCCUGCCAAAUACUCCGAAACCUUCAGAAGCAAAAAUUGAGGCUAGAAACUUGUUUUUAGCACCUGGAGAACCAUUGCUAGUGAAGUUUGUGCCAAGAUCGUAA